AUGCGUUCAGGAAGAGGGGAGGACAAUCAGGAUGAACUGGGCACUCGGGAUAACUGGUCAGCCGUGUUUGACACACGGGGUGUGCGUGUGUUCCAGGUGCAGCUCGUUGGCCUAGACGAGGAGAGUUCGGAGUUCAUCUGCCGAAACACCUUUGACCACCCGUACCCCACCACAAAGCUCAUGUGGAUCCCUGACACGAAAGGUGUCUACCCGGACCUCCUGGCGACAAGUGGUGACUAUCUCCGUGUGUGGAGGGUUGGUGAAACAGAGACCAGGCUGGAAUGUUUGCUGAACAAUAACAAGAACUCUGAUUUCUGUGCUCCCCUGACCUCCUUUGACUGGAAUGAGGUGGACCCUUAUCUUUUGGGGACCUCGAGCAUCGAUACGACUUGCACCAUCUGGGGGCUGGAGACGGGGCAGGUGCUGGGCCGAGUGAAUCUUGUGUCUGGCCAUGUGAAGACCCAGCUGAUAGCCCAUGACAAAGAGGUCUAUGAUAUUGCAUUUAGCCGGGCUGGGGGUGGCAGGGACAUGUUUGCCUCUGUGGGGGCUGAUGGCUCGGUGCGGAUGUUCGACCUCCGUCAUCUAGAACACAGCACCAUCAUUUAUGAAGACCCCCAGCACCACCCGCUGCUUCGCCUCUGCUGGAACAAGCAGGACCCAAACUACCUGGCCACCAUGGCCAUGGACGGGAUGGAGGUGGUGAUCCUGGAUGUCCGAGUCCCCUGCACUCCCGUCGCCAGGUUAAACAACCACCGUGCGUGUGUCAAUGGCAUCGCUUGGGCCCCGCAUUCCUCCUGCCACAUUUGCACCGCAGCGGAUGACCAUCAGGCUCUCAUCUGGGACAUCCAGCAGAUGCCCCGGGCCAUCGAGGAUCCCAUCCUGGCCUACACAGCCGAAGGCGAGAUCAACAAUGUGCAGUGGGCGUCCACACAGCCCGACUGGAUUGCCAUCUGCUACAACAACUGCCUGGAGAUCCUCCGAGUGUAGACGGCACUGGCACUGUGCCGGGAGGCAGGGCUUGUGUGCUUCCCGCCUCUGCCCCACCCCCAAAGUAAGAAGAGCCGUGUUUCCAGCGGCCCGUGUGUCUUGUUGCUUUGCACCCACAGUUUCCAGAAGCUGCUCCAGGAGUGUGGCCAGCUGCCCCGCCUGUGCCAGACUCGGUGCCAUGUGGCGCCACCUCAGCCCAGGGCUGAUUUUAAGAUUCUCUGUCCUCCUUUCCUUCCUCCUUUGUUCCCUCCAUUAAAAAUGUCUGUGUAUGUGUUGGUCAGCUGUUGUGUUGCUGAGUGCAAGCACUGCUGUGUCUGUGUCCUGCCUGUGUCUCCAUCUGUUUGCUGCCCAGGGUGGCGGUCUGUGUCACAUCUGUGUCCUUGUCCGUGUCAGCACUUAUGUGGGAACAAAUUCCAGUUUAAAGUUGUCUUUCCUCCUAGUAUCUGUGUCUUUAACAAAGUUCAACUUUGUA